AUCAUGUUUAAUUUAAAGUCACUGCAGAGAAACAAAACAAUCAAGUAUGGAGUUCCUAUGCUUCUGCUGGUCGUCGGCGGCUCCUUCGGUUUGCGGGAGUUUGCUCAGAUCCGUUAUGAUGCCCAGAAGAUCAGGAAAAGGCUGGAUCCUUCACUGGAGGCGAAGGUGAAUCCACAGAAGCAGGCGGUCAUACUGGAGGAGGAAUAUGAGAAGUUGAAGGAAAUUCAUUUAGACGAGUGGAAGAACAUCCGUGGUCCUCGUCCCUGGGAGGACUCCAGGGAGUACCAGGAGCAGCAGCGCAAAAAUCUCAGCAAAACAGACUGAGGCUGCGGCCCGCGCUCGCUGUACGCACGCACAGAAACACCAGAUCACAGAAGACACAGCAGAGCCCCACGGAGACGACGCCACUGAUGUUUGCUUAUCCUCCACGCUGCCUGCAGCUCUCAGCCUGUGUUGGACCCGAGUCCUUGGAAACGUUCUAUUGGAGUAAAUACUGUUGGUUUCUUCUGUUCGUAAAUUAUUCAGAACCACUAUUUAAACAUUACUGUUAAAAUCUGUUAAUUCAAUAAAAUGUGUUCCUAAAACAAGUUGAUCGGGAGUUUUACCAAACAGCCAACAGGUGGCAUUUCACCUCCAGCUCCAACGAGGAGAUUUUAUCAAUAAAUUAUUACUUUUCUUCCUAAAACCUAAAUUUGCUCCACGUUAUUUACCCAAAAAAAUAAAGAAAUUCCCAAAUAAAGGUCUGUUUACAAGGAUAUUGCAUUGAUUCACCUGCUUCAAAAUAGAAAAGAAUAAAUAAGAGGAGAGCUGUGCGUUUCCUCAGGCUUUCCAGGUCUCAGCAGUAAUCUGUUUCUCUGACAGUUAUUACUUCUCACUGCAGCGGAUUGAUUGUGUUUGUUAUGAAAAUAGUUUUACUUAUGCAUUUUUUUGUCAAACAAAACAAUGUAACAGCAUUUUUGCUGCAGGUUUUAUGACUUGGAUCUGUAGGUAUAUGUAACCUCUGGGUGAUUGACGAGCGGCAUGUUCGGCGGUGAAAUGAGCCGUCUUAGCGGCUGCUCUCGCCUGGAACAUUGUCAUAAAGAAACAUUUUCUAUGAUCACGUUUCUAUGAUGUUGGGUCAGAAAGUAACUGUAGCUCACCACACAAACCAGCUUCCUUAAACCAGUAGCUUCACUGUUGCUCCAUUCUGAAGCCUAUAGGUUGUUAAUUCUGUGGGAAUCUUUUUUUUCUUUAUAU